AUGGUCUCCAUACCGACCCUUAAAAUGGAGCACUUUGGUUUGGCUCCUCCUAGGUUCAAACCUGGUUUCUUUGUGGACUAUAGAAAGGGUGAGAUUGGUGAACUCCGUCUGUUGCUGAGGAAAAUGGCCUUGGACAACCAAUGUGCUUCCACUACUGAGCGAUUUGUAUCGCAAAUUGUUCACACAAACAUGGAACCGUUCAUAUAUGCGGGAAUAAACAGACGUAGAGACAUAUUAAAGAGAUUGAUAGCCUGUAUGACGAUGGGUAUCGAUUUAUCGUCUCUAUAUACGGAUGUUGUUAUGGUAUCGCAAACCGAUGACCCAGUCCAGAAGAAGAUGAUUUAUCUUUACCUAUCUACAUACAGUGUGAAUAACCCAGAUUUGGCUAUUUUAGCCAUAAAUACACUACUUAAGGACAUAGACAAUUUGGAUCCAGUCAUUCGAUCACUGGCACUUCGCAAUAUUUCUUCCUUUGGAACUUCCUUGUCUAUUGAAUAUGCUACUUCUUCCGUGUUGAAGAAAAUGUUUGAUCCUUCAGAUUCUGUAAAGAGAACAGCGAUAAUAGGCUCCAUUAGGGUGAUUAAAUCAAAGGACACGCUGGAAAACAAAGCAGUGGACGACUAUGGAAAGAAUAGCAUUUUGAAUGAUUUAAAAAUGGCACUAAAAUCUUCAAAUGUACAUGUAAUGAUUGACGCAAUGUGUGCUAUUGCAGAGAUAUCCGACUCUGGAAAGAUUUGUCUAACAGCCUCUACUAUCAUUUAUCUAGCAAAUUGCCUCAAGAAUAUGAACGAAUGGGAACAAUGCACCGUUUUAGAGGUUCUAAACACAUACGUACCAUCGAGUAACGAUGAACUUUUUGACUUGAUGAACCUUUUGGAUGAUAGACUCAAGCAUUCGUCAUCAGCCAUUGUACUGGCAACCGCUAAAUGUUUUAUAAAAUGGACAAAAAACGAUGCGAAUUUACAGCUGGAGGUUAUUAAUCGCUUACAGGUCCCUCUUAUUUCCCUUUUAAAUCGUACGAGAGAUGAAAUAGCCUAUACUCUACUGGUAAACAUUUUGUCAAUCAUAGUAAAUGUCUCGAAGAUCAUUGUCGAUGAAGAGCUGAAGGGUCACAAGAUCCCAUUUAUCGACUAUUUUGAGGUUUUCUUCUGUCGUUACGAUGAUCCUCCGUAUAUAAAGAAUGUUAAGCUGAACAUUUUAAUUGCUCUUUCAACAACUGAAAAUUGUGAGCUAAUUGCUAAUGAACUAAAUGAAUACAUUUCUGACACUAACCACGAGAUUGCAAAUAGAGCGAUCUUGGCACUUGGAAUUAUCGCGCUCAAGAUACCUUCCAAUUUAAAUACCAUUGUCGAGAGAAUGUCCGUUAUAUUCAGCCUUCAGAUCCCUUACUUGACGACGUCUCUAUUGCUGGUAAUAAAGGUAUUAUUACGCGUAUACUCUGGACGUGUGGACAAGCUACUUGAAGUAUUAAAGAAUCCCGGUGAUUCGAUUUCUUACCCUCAGGCGAAGGCCAAUUAUAUAUCAAUUUUGGGAGAAUUUGGGUACGAUCUGGAUCAUACACCGUAUACUUUAGAGGACUACAUUAAUGAGGCACAGAGACCUGAUGUAGUUACACUCGAGCUUCUUCUAGCUUCGGUUCGUGUGUUUUUAAAGCGCCCUCCAGAAAUGUUUGAUUCUUUGUCAAGGCUUUUAAAGAGCGUUCUUACCGAAUCAAACAAUCCAGACCUUGUUUCCUGUGCACAAUUCUACUAUAACCUUCUCUCCAACAUUGAUGUUGCGAGGGAGAUUUUUGAGGGAGAGUAUCAGGUGGAACCAAAUGUCUAUAUUUUGAUGGAUCAUGAAAAGUUUUUCAUGGCAGACAAUAAUUGGCGCGAAAAAUUCAAUACGAUCCAUCUUAUUGAUCAGUGCAGAGGAUAUUCGAGCAGUGUAUACUUCCCUUACGAAUAUGGCGACGUGGACAUUGACAUUUUUAAGCAUGAACAUGUCAAGACAGAAGUAUCAAUUCCAGAAUGUAUUCCGGUUCAAACCAACACAGAAGUUGAUGACCUAUUGCCUUUAAUUGAAAGUGUAAGAGAGAAGACUACAGGUUUGGAGCUAGUUCAUCCGAGUACCCUCUUGUCGGAUGAAUUUCAAAAGAACUGGUUUGAAAUUGAACAAACCUGUUCAAAAGAUAUGGAGAUUACAAUUUCAAGCGUUAAUAUUGAAAGAUUAGAGUUGAUCUUAUCGCAGGUGUACAUUAUUACUUUGGCGUCUGGAAAGGCCAAGGAUGUUACAAAAUUCUAUCUUUACACUGAAGACGUAGAGGGGUAA